AAAGCCAUCACCGAUACGCUGGAUCCACAUGUGCUCGGGUCCAGAAGUGCCGGGCAUCAGACGCGCCGGGCCCGGAAGCGCCGGAUCCAGAAGAGCUGGGCCCAGGAGUGUCGGGUCCACACUUACCGGGAGUCCGAAGCGCCGGGUCAGUCGCGCUGGGCCCAGACGGAUCCCGAAGCGUCGGGAAGAGUCGGCCGCGCUGGGCCCGGAAGGGCCAGAUCCAGAAGUGCCGAACGGAACCCUCUCGUCCUCCCCCGCCGCCAGCCCGGGCGAGCCCCGUCUGAGACCUCGGGGAGACAGCAAGGCGGAAGCGGAGGUGCCGGGGCCGAGGGCCGUCCCGCCCGCCGUGCCCGAGUAUGACAUGCUGUACAAGAUCGAGGACGUGCCACCCUGGUACCUCUGCACCCUACUGGGGUUCCAGCACUACCUCACCUGUUUCAGCGGCACCAUCGCGGUGCCCUUCCUCCUGGCCGAGGCCCUGUGCGUGGGGAAGGACCAGGCCGUGAUCGGCCAGCUCAUCGGCACCAUCUUCACCUGCGUGGGCAUCACCACCCUCGUCCAGACCACCUUCGGCAUCCGGCUGCCCCUCUUUCAGGCCAGCGCCUUCGCCUUCUUGGUGCCAGCCAAAGCCAUCCUGGCCCUGGAUAAGUGGAAGUGCCCUCCGGAAGAGGAGAUCUACGGGAACUGGACCCUGCCGCUCAACACUUCGCACAUCUGGCACCCGCGGAUAACCGAGAUCCAAGGCGCGAUCAUCGUGUCCAGCCUGGUGGAGGUGGCGAUCGGGCUGACCGGCCUCCCGGGGGCCCUGCUCAGCUACAUCGGGCCCCUGACCGUCACCCCCACCGUCUCCCUCAUCGGACUGUCCGUCUUCCAAGCCGCCGGAGACCGGGCCGGCUCCCACUGGGGGAUCUCAGUGCUGUCCAUCGCGCUGAUCGUCCUGUUCUCCCAGUAUCUCCGCAACGUCCCCUUCCUGCUGCCCGGCUACCGCCGGGGCCGGGGCUGCACCAUCCUCAGGAUCCAGAUCUUCAAAAUGUUUCCCAUCGUCCUGGCCAUCAUGGUGGUGUGGCUCCUCUGCUACGUCCUGACCCUGACCGACGCGCUGCCCCCCGACCCCGCCGCCUACGGCUUCAAGGCCCGGACGGACGCCCGGGGGGAGAUCACGGCCAUCGCCCCCUGGUUCCGAUUCCCCUACCCCUGCCAGUGGGGCCUGCCCACGGUGACCGCCGCGGCCGCGCUGGGCAUGUUUAGCGCCACCCUGGCGGGCAUCAUCGAGUCCAUCGGCGACUACUACGCCUGCGCCCGGCUGGCGGGGGCCCCGCCCCCACCUGUCCACGCCAUCAACAGGGGCAUCUUCACGGAGGGCGUCUGCUGCGUCAUCGCUGGGCUCCUCGGCACGGGGAACGGAUCCACUUCCUCCAGCCCCAACAUCGGCGUCCUGGGCAUCACCAAGGUGGGGAGCAGGAGGGUGGUGCAGUACGGAGCCUGCAUCAUGCUGGUGCUGGGGACCGUGGGCAAGUUCACGGCUCUGUUCGCCUCUCUUCCCGACCCCAUUCUGGGGGGGAUGUUCUGCACCCUCUUUGUUCGUGGACAUGAACUCCUCCCGCAACCUCUUCAUCCUCGGCUUCUCUAUGUUCUUCGGGCUGACGCUGCCCAACUACCUGGACGCCAACCCCACCGCCAUCCGCACAGGAGUGCCCGAGGUGGACCAGAUCCUCACGGUGCUGCUGACCACGGAGAUGUUUGUGGGCGGCUGCCUGGCCUUCGCCCUGGACAACACGGUGCCCGGUACCCAAGAGGAACGGGGCCUGGUGCGGUGGAAGGCAGGAGCCCACGCCACCAGCGAGACGUCCGCCAGCCUCAAGAGCUACGACUUUCCAGUCGGGAUGGCUGCCGUCAAGAGGGCGUCCUGCUUGAAGUACCUUCCCGUCAGCCCCACCUUCAAGGGUUUCUCUUCCCGGGCGAGGGAACGGCCCCAGCCGGCCGCCGACGGGCCCGACCGCUCGGCCGCCUGCACCAAGGUCUGACGGGGGGAUCCCGGGAAAACCGAGGGAGCCGUCUCCCCCUCCGCCCGGGAGCGCCGGACUUUCCGCUCCAGCUCUUAGAGGAGGAGGAUCGGCGCCCGCCGGACGGGGAGUGGGACGGGCGGGAUUCGGGAAUCCCGGCCCCCUCCCGCAAGGGACUCGGGAUUCGCGAUUCCCGGUUGGAAGCCCCGGAACUAAAAGACAAAAAAAAACCGGUAGUCACGUGGCCACGUCUGUGUUGCAUCUGAGACAGAGGCGCUCCCCGGCUCCUCCGGGAAUCGGGCGGGUGAGGAUAGGCGUGAGGCGACAGCGGCGACGAGGCCGGCGACAAGUCGUCGAGGUUACGCUCCAGCAAGGGCCGACAGACGCUAAAAUAAAUCACAGGUAGCAGGAGGGGGGACGAGGGGGUAGAGUUAGGCCUUAUUUGACCGGGUCCCUAAAGAGGGUUAAUGACGGCGACCGGAAGGUGGGCGAACCUGAGCGCCUAAGACAUCACAGAGGCACCAGUCCGGCACUUGGGAAUAUAAAAUGAGGAGAUUACCAACUCCGCGGCUAAGACCACGUGGAGAUGUAAUCUCCGGAGGCCUCUGAAGAUGGGGGGAGUGGUGGUCUGCUGGAGGGGGUUUAUUUCUAUUAGUGUCCCCCUCUCCCCCUCUAGACCG